CAGAACUGAUAAACAAUAACACUUGAAAACAGAAAUGAAUCAAAACAAUGAUGAAACCUCUUCGGAUUCCUCAGAAUCUAUAAACGACUCCAUUGAUGACGAAGAGUUUACUGUCGAAAAGAUUUUAGAUCGAAGACAAUACAAUGGUGAAGUUCAGUACCUCGUCAAAUGGUUGAAUUAUACCGAUGAAGACAAUACCUGGGAAAGGGCCAAAGAUUUAGAAUGUGAUGCCUUAAAAAACUCGUUUGAAUCGGAACAAAGUCUGAAGAGAGGUCAAGAUCUGAAUUCUCUAUACGAAAGAAAGGCUAAGCGACUGAAAAUUGAUCCAAGCUUAGUGAUGGAUAAUCCAUUUAAUCAUGAUUUAGAAGCCCAACAAAUUCUCAAGGCCUUUAAAAACAAUGGAGAAAUGUCGUUUCUCAUUAAGUUCUUUGAUCUCGAAGAACCUCAAAUUUUACCAUGUAGCAUUGCAUACAUGGAGAUUCCGCAGAUGGUUUUAAAGUUCUAUGAAAAGCAUUGCCCAUUUGAAGAUUCUCGAGAUUUCAACCAUCACAAACAGAAAUAUUUAAAUAAUUAUAACGAUUCCCGGCAGACGGCGCCAGCGUAA